CACAGAUGUGCGAGGGAUAAGAGAGGAUGGUGCGAUGUAACGCACAGACCCGACCGUCUUUAUUCAGAUCUCAGUAUUCGUAAUGCCGUGCUUUCCGUGCCAUGCUUUUCCUUUGCAUGCAUUGUCGUCGACUCCUAGGUACUUUCACAGCAACAGGCCCAUUGAAUUCUGCAGUGCUAACGCGCGGAGUGUGUGGUUCAAUGUAACUCCCUCACACGGAGAGAAGGGCCUGCACCUGCUCAAAUUUGGCUCAUGGCCCACAAAUUUUUUCCGCUCUAGAGAGGGAGCUGGUCGCCUCUCAGUACAUAUCUCCGACACGGAUUCCGUGUCGCGCCUGGUGCCUGAACGGCGGUUGGAGGAGAAAUCCUCUCGACUCACUCAGCGCUCUGCCUCACUUCUCUUCCGUCCUGCUCGUCCGGGAGAUCCUGACCUUCAUUGGCACAUUGGGUUGGCACACGAGUCUAAAUGUUUAGUCAUCUCUCUUAUCUUCCGGUUACACUUCUGUGGUCGAGAGGGGGGCCUACGGCCCGUCAUGAGACGGACAGACUGCCAAGUUCGAACCGCAACUGUUUCAUCCCUUCACGGGUCCCGAACGCACAGCCUCGCUCGCCUCGCUCUCCCCUCCCCAACCCACCUUGGACACGGGACCCAAUUCGUUUUUUUACCUAAGUAGGCCCCUGUUGAAGAGAAGAGAGGGAGGUGGUAAGGGUAAUAUGGGUUCGCCCAGGUUUGGAAACGUGCAAUACGGGGGGUUGACGCAGCAGAAGCCCGCAGUGUCAGUCUCGAGGCUCGACGAAGUCGCUUUCUUCCACACUUUCUCUUGUCACUCCUCGCAUCACGGCGAUCCCUUCUUCUUCCUCUUACACCUUUUGUGCGCUCCGCCUAGGCUUUGUUGGUCUCCUCCGAAGCGUUCCUUUCUGUUCGUAAACGCAAGGUCGUUACGAAGACUUGUUUACAAGUCUAUUCCGCUCUUUUCACUCCUGGUCGAGUUUAAUCAGGAGAUUGCCGUUUGGGCUUUUACAUCUAUCGUCUCUUUUUUUCCCCCUCCUUUUUUUUUCAAUUUUUUAUCCCCACGUCCAGGCGACAUUUUUUUUACAG